GGCGCGGGGGGCGCGGGCCGCGGGCCGGCGGGGCUCCGGGCGUGCGGCGCGGGCUUCGCGUGCCCCGAGCUCGAGGCGCUGUUCGGCCGCUACGCGCUGCGGCUGGAGCAGGCGGCCGCGCUGCGGGCGCUCGCGGUGCUCAGCCUGCUGGCCGGCUCGCUGGCGCUGGCCGAGCUGCUGGGCGCGCCGGGGCCCGCGGCCGGCCUGGCCCGCGGCUCGCACCCGGUGCACUGCGUCCUCUUCCUGGCGCUGCUUGUGGUCACCAACGUGCGCGCGCUGCGGGCGCCGCAGCUGCAGCAGCUCGGCCGCCUGGCGCUGCUCUUCUGCCUCACCUUCGCGCUGCUCUGCUGCCCCUUGGCGCUGGGCGGGCCCGCGGGGGCGCACGCCGGGGUGGCCGCGGGCCCGGGGGCCGCCGAGCGGGGCGUCUGGCAGCUGCUGCUGGUCACCUUCGUGUCCUAUGCGCUGCUCCCGGUGCGCAGCCUGCUGGCCGUCGGCUUCGGGCUCGUGGUGGCCGCCGCGCACUUGGUGCUCACGGCCACUUCGUUCCCUGCCAAGCGCCCACGUCUCUGGAGGACGCUGGGCGCCAACGCCCUCCUCUUCGUGGGCGUGAACAUGUACGGGGUGUUUCUGCGGGUCCUGGCCGAGCGCUGCCAGCGGAGAGCAUUCCUGCAGGCGCGGAACUGCAUCGAAGACCGGCUGCGGCUGGAGGACGAGAACGAGAAGCAGGAGCGGCUGCUCAUGAGCCUCCUGCCCCGGAAUGUCGCCAUGGAGAUGAAGGAGGACUUCCUGAAGCCCCCCGAGAGGAUCUUCCACAAGAUCUACAUCCAGAGGCAUGACAAUGUGAGCAUCCUCUUCGCCGACAUCGUGGGCUUCACAGGCUUGGCCUCGCAGUGCACGGCCCAGGAGCUGGUGAAGCUGCUCAACGAGCUCUUCGGCAAGUUUGACGAGCUGGCCACGGAGAACCACUGCCGCCGCAUCAAGAUCCUGGGCGACUGCUACUACUGUGUGUCUGGCCUCACGCAGCCCAAGGCCGACCAUGCCCACUGCUGCGUGGAGAUGGGCCUGGACAUGAUCGACACCAUCACGUCUGUGGCUGAGGCCACUGAGGUGGACCUGAACAUGCGUGUGGGCCUGCACACGGGCCGCGUGCUCUGUGGGGUCCUGGGCCUGCGCAAGUGGCAGUAUGACGUGUGGUCCAACGACGUCACCCUGGCCAAUGUCAUGGAAGCUGCCGGCCUCCCCGGGAAGGUCCACAUCACCAAGACCACCCUGGCGUGCUUGAACGGCGACUAUGAGGUGGAGCCAGGCCACGGGCACGAGCGGAACAGCUUCCUGAAAGCCCACAACAUCGAGACCUUCUUCAUUGUGCCCUCACACCGGAGAAAGAUAUUUCCAGGGCUGAUCCUCUCCGACAUCAAGCCUGCCAAGAGGAUGAAGUUCAAGACUGUCUGCUACCUGCUGGUGCAGCUCAUGCACUGCCGGAAGAUGUUCAAAGCCGAGAUCCCCUUCUCCAGCGCCACCUGUGGGGACGACAAGCGCAGGGCAUUGAGAACAACUUCAGAGAAACUCAGAAACCGCUCAUCCUUCUCUACCAAUGUUGUCUACACCACCCCGGGCACCCGUGUCAAUCGGUACAUCAGCCGCCUCCUGGAAGCCCGCCAGACGGAGCUGGAGAUAGCUGACCUGAACUUCUUCACCCUCAAGUACAAGCAGGCUGAGCGUGAGCGGAAGUACCACCAGCUCCAGGACGAGUACUUCACCAGCGCGGUCGCGCUCGCCCUGAUUCUCGCUGCAUUGUUCGGCCUCAUCUACCUUCUUGUGAUCCCGCAGAACCUGGCCCUCCUGCUCCUUCUGGUGUUCUGCAUCUGCUUCCUGCUGGCCUGUGUCUUGUACCUGCAGGUCACCCAGGUCCAGUGUUUUCCAGGCUGCCUGACCAUCCAGAUCCGCACCGUCCUGUGCAUCUUCAUAGUAGUCCUGGUCUACGCCGUGGCCCAAGGCUGUGUGGUGGGCUGCCUGCCCUGGGCCUGGAGCAUCCGCCCCAACGCGUCCCUGGUGGUCCUGACGCCUGGCGCCCCCUCUGGCGACGCUGUGCCCCACGCUCUGCUCUGCGGCCAGGUGGGCACUCUGCCCCUGGCCGUGUUUCUGCGUGUGUCCUCCCUGCCGAAAGUGAUCCUGCUGGCCGUGCUCACGGCGUCCUACAUCCUGGUUCUGGAGCUCAGCGGCUACGCGGAGGCCGUGCGCGGCGGCACUGUGUCUGGGCACAGCUCGGAGCCCAUCAUGGCCAUCCUGCUGUUCUCCUGCGCCCUGGCCCUCCAUGCCCGGCAGGUGGACAUCAAGCUCCGGCUGGACUACCUCUGGGCUGCGCAGGCGGAGGAGGAGCGAGACGACAUGGAGCGGGUGAAGCUGGACAACAAGCGGAUCCUCUUCAACCUCCUGCCCGCCCACGUGGCCCAGCACUUCCUCCUGUCCAACCCCCGGAACAUGGAUCUCUACUACCAGUCGUACGCACAGGUGGGCGUCAUGUUCGCCUCCAUCCCCAACUUCAACGACUUCUACAUCGAGCUGGAUGGCAACAACAUGGGGGUGGAGUGCCUGCGGCUCCUCAACGAGAUCAUCGCCGACUUUGACGAGCUCAUGGACAAAGAUUUCUACAAGGACCUGGAGAAGAUCAAGACCAUCGGCAGCACCUACAUGGCUGCAGUGGGGCUGGCACCCACGGCAGGGGUCAAGGUGAAGAAGUGCAUCUCCGCCCACCUCAGCACCCUGGCCGACUUCGCCAUCGAGAUGUUCGACGUGUUGGAUGAGAUCAACUAUCAGUCCUACAACGACUUCGUGCUGCGUGUCGGCAUCAAUGUGGGCCCUGUGGUGGCUGGAGUGAUCGGUGCUCGGAGACCCCAGUAUGAUAUUUGGGGGAACACGGUCAACGUGGCCAGUCGGAUGGACAGUACCGGGGUCCAGGGCAGAAUCCAGGUGACGGAGGAGGUCCACCGGCUGCUGCGCCAGGGCGUGUACCACUUUGUGUGCCGAGGCAAGGUCAGCGUCAAGGGCAAGGGCGAGAUGCUGACCUACUUCCUGGAAGGCAGGACCGAUGGUGGCCCCCGGGCCCGUACCCAGGCCCUGGGCCGGAAGCUGUGUCCCUACCGCAGAGCCGGCCUCCCGGGCAGACUGGCCGCGCUGGGGUCUCUGCAGGGCGCAGGACUGACCUCCGGGCCCCCCACCCAGCACCUGCCCCCUGGAGCAGCGGGGAAGGAGGCUUAGCCCAACUGGCGCUGGCCACUGAGCUGGGCGCCCCGCGGGGACUGACUGUGCCAGCAGAGCAGGUGGGGACAGAGUCCAGGCAAGCCGCCAGGCUGACCUGGGAGAGGGGGAGCAGCCCCACGGCCACCAGGCUCUCUUGGGGCUCUCGC